GAUAAUUUAACACAGCAGCUCUCCCAACUUCCAUAGCUCUUACAUGGUCAAGGUCAAGAUUAACCCCUCAUUUUAUUUCAGACCUUUGCAGUUUAAAAACAUAACGAAGACUGGAAAACCACAGAUGAUAGUGGUUAAUUUGUGUUCAUACAAUAAUUUUGCUUUACGACAUUCAACAGAAAUGAACAUGUAACUUUCAAACAACGGAGUCACACAAUAUUUAGGUGUAUAAAAAAGAAUCUCACAAAGUCUUUCCUUUUGUCAAGCCCCAGGAACAGGUGUAUCAUGGCCAAUCUGACCACUUUGGUGGCUGAAUUCAUCCUCAUGAGAUUUUCAGAUAUCAGGGAUUACCAAGUCCUCCACGCCACACUGUUCUUACUCAUCUACCUGGUAGCUCUGGUUGGCAACCUCCUCAUCAUUCUUCUCACCACUUUGGACCAGCACCUCAAAAGUCCCAUGUACUUUUUCCUGAGGACUCUGUCAUUCUUAGAUCUUUGUUUCAUUUCUGUCACAGUUCCCAAGGCCAUCAUCCAUUCUUUGACUCAAAGUAGUUCCAUAUCUUUCCUGGGGUGUGUGGCACAGGUCUUUUUAGUUGUUCUGUUUGCUCGUGCAGAGCUGGCCUUGCUCACAGUAAUGUCCUAUGACCGAUAUGCAGCCAUUUGCCAGCCCCUAUAUUAUCAGGUUGUCAUGAAAAAAAGGGCUUGUAAACAGAUGGUUGCUGCUUCAUGGCUCAGUGGGGUUGUCUCUGGGUUCUUGAAUACAUCUGUGACCUUCUCUUUACCAUUUUGUAGGUCGAAUUUUGUCUAUCAAUUCUUCUGUGAGAUCCCUUCACUACUCAAACUAUCCUGCUCAGAGAAUUAUCUUGCUGAGACUGGAGCCGUAAUCAUUACAACAUCCUUGGAUUUUCUGUGUUUUGUUUCUAUCAUGGUUUCCUAUAUCCACAUCUUAGUCACGGUUCUAAGGAUACCGUCAGUGCAAGGCCAGUCAAGAGCCUUUUCCACCUGUAUCCCUCACCUUGUCGUUGUUACUGUUUUUCUCACUACAGGGUCCAUUGCCUACCUAAAGCCAGUGUCAGAGUCCCCCUCAGUUUGGGGUCUUCUGGUAUCUGUCUUCUAUACUGUGGUGCCACCUACCCUGAAUCCCAUCAUCUAUAGCCUGAAGAACAAGGACAUGAAAACUGCCUUUUGGAAAAUUGUGAGAAAGAUUGUCAUCACACAAUAA